AUUUGAAUGCAGAAAUACUCAGAAUUGCAAUUUCAUACUUCUUUUUCUCAUGAUAUAUCCUGUAGCAUCAGAAUAACGCCAUAUGAACAUGUAGACAACAAGAAAAUACAUGAUUUCCACCGGAGUGGGUCUUUAAACAAUGACGAAGUUAGGUUUUUUAGCUUUCUGCAUUACAAAUAAUUUGUUUUGCUCCACAUUUUUUAAUUGCUACUUGCCUUAUUAUAUUCUGACAAGAAAAAUUUAGUACUCAGAAAAUGAUAUUAAUCAUUAAAAUUCUUUAUUUUCCAUCUUUUCUGUCUUUUGCAUUACCACAAAACCGCGCCUUUGCCUCACAAUGACAAAGUGAUAUUUCUCAGCUUCUACACUACAAAUAACUCACACUAAUGCACUUUUUCUACUCAUACUUGAUGAUUUAUGUUCAAAGGGUGACACAUCAAGACCCUGAAUGUGUCAUCUUUAUUUCAAUGCUGUGAAGCAUCAAUCACAACAUGAUUACUGUAAUUAUAAGCUUUAAUUUGAGGCUGCAGCUCUCACACUCACAUUUGGAGGAACAAGGGAGCCACGGAUUCAUGAGGAAAGCCAUUUUUGGUUUUAUGACGUGUUAACGUCGAGGAAUGCUAUUCAGCAGCUAUUAAGAGCUUAGAUAGGAAAGAGGCCCUUACAGUCAGGAAAGGAAUCAUAGAAAGCAUGAGCAGCUGGAUUUCAUGGAGGCGUCAAGUUUGAAUGGUGUCACAAAAUCGCCGGAUUAAGCGUUGAGGGGUUUUCCAGCAAAGCCCCACUGACCUAUGGGGCCAAGUUCAAUCUUUUGAUGCUUUAUUUUAGUUUUGAGGUUAUCAGUUCUGGUCUGAACUGAAGGAAAGGAGCCGUAUGAGGACACUUGUUGUUUGUUUUUGACAGAUUUACGGUCACAGCAGAGGGAGCUCAAAUCUUUUGUCUGGACGAUUCACGCCUAAGUUUAAAUUCCAAGAAGUUCCCCAAGACUGAAAAGUGUCCUUACUUCGGUGAGAGGCUCACACGGAGAGUCUUAUUAUGUCUGCAGGCGAUUCAUCUCAAGGAGGACGCUAAUAAAAAAUCCUGAGGGGGGGGCGGGUGGUUAUAAAUCUAGCAUGGCUGCAAUGAGCUGCAAUCCAGAGCAAUAAUUUAAACGUGGACAUGAAUGACUGCUAUUAAAGUGUCUGUGUGAUUAAUACCGCUUCAAACCACUAUCAAGAUUGCAUACUUUAAUAUACAACUCCUGUCCUAGAAAGACCCAAUCUCCAGGAAGAUUAUUUCCUAUAAGAUUAACUCAUGAUGUUAUAUAACAUUAUGAUACUCAUUACUUCAUAUCUGUCAGUCUAUAGAUACAGACCCGCUUUUAUUGGUCUGCAGAUAUUAAUAGUCAAUCCAGUCCAACACACUGCAGCAAAGAUUAUUUGGCCAAUUCAGCAACAACAACAAAAAAAUCAACCAAAUUUGGUUGUCUAGUUUAUCAAAAUAAAACAUCUUUCUUCUUUAAUCUUGUGGCUCCACUCAUUGCCUUUCUUUCAGUUGACUGCAACAGCCUUUCAUAAAACAUCUGGGCCUCCCGUUUCCAGCAGAUUAUUGCUUACCAAGUGGCGUUCUGAUGGUGGGAAACCUGGAAUCAGAAUGAAAUGAGAGGGUCAGAGUUGUUAUUUUGGGCUUUAAAGAGCUUCUCAGCAUCUAAUCACGGCUGGACCAGAGGUUUCCGAGUGAGCGGUGCAGGGAGCUCCAAAAGUAACCCCAAACACGACGAAGCCCACCAAAAACGACACACUUAGAAACUCAAUCUAUCAAACAACCUUCAGCAGCCGUAAAUCUGCUACGUUUAUGUUUCAGCCUUACUUUGCUGCAGUUGGAGUCAUCAAACACCCAAAACCAAAGAUAUAUGAUUAUUGAAAUGAAUUCCUCUGAUGUUGGCAGAACUUUUUACAGCUAUUUGUGUAAGAAUAAAUUAUUGAAUUUUCUUUAACCCUGACUGAGAAAUAUGUGGUUUUAUGUUCUACUUAUACAAACCACAAGACUAUAUCAUCCAGGGAUGUUAUCAAAAGAUUCAACAUGACUUAUCCCAAAACCUUUAGAGCUCCUCCCACUGGCUGGCUGGCUGCUGUUUAAGUUGUUAAGCCCGCCUCCUCCAUGUUAACAGAUGGGACAUGAUGUCAUGAUAUGUUCUGUUAAUUUAGUUUUCUCCUGGUUUUAUUAUUAUAGUGUAUUCCCUAUCGUUCCUGUAGUCCAGUCUUGUGAGUUUUCAGUUCGUGUUUGACCCUGUUUCCCUCCUGCUCUCUGUGUUUUAUUCUUUAAAUUAGUUUUCAGUGUUUCCUGUUUUAUUUUGUAGUAGUCGACUCCUUGCGUUUCUAGUCUGGUUUUACUUCCCUAGUUUUCCCUCCUUCGUUAAUCACUCAUGAGUUUCACCUGUCUCGUUAGCCUCACCUGUGUCUCGUUAGCCUCACCUGUGUCUCGUUAGCCUCACCUGUUGCUCGUUACCCAGUGUGUAUAUAGUCCCUGUCUUCCCCUCUGUUCUUGUUGGUUCAUUCUAUGUUUGUUGAUGCCUUUUGGAUUUUUCUCUUUUGUUGCUUUUUUCAUUUAGUUCUUUCAAUUAAAUCAUUUUUUGUUCUGCAUUUGGGUCUUUUUCUUUUGUUUAACCCCGGCGCCAUGACACAUGAGCCAAACUUUAAAAUCGAAACACACAUCAAAGUUUUCUCACACCUUGUACCAUGUCAGAAAAAUAAUACAGCAUGUGACUUGCAGCCAGCUGAGAAGAACGACAGAGAUCGUGGUCUUCUUUUUCUUCAAUAUCUUUUACUUGUAAGGAGUCAGCAGCUUACAACAAAGGCAGCUUCCUCUGACUGAGGAAUUCAGAUUUUUACACAUCCUUUAUGCAGUCAAGAAACAGACACCCCCGCCCACUAACGUCAUCUCACAAGUGGGAUGACAUUACAACAGUAUCUAAAUAGGGUACAGGUUGCAGCUGUGGUCUGUACUGGGAAGACAAAGACAGCUUGGUUCAUCAUCAGUUAUCAGUUCAAUGUCACACUGCUGGGAAAACAACCUGUGAGUGAAAUUAUAGCGUCUCGUUGCAUGACUUCAGCAGAAAAGUAUCAGUCCCAACUCCAAGGCCAUACUUCUCCUUUUACACCAAGUGAUUUUCAGUAAAUGAUGAUUAACAUACAUAUAUAAUGAUAAAAUACACACGUGAUAGCAUACACAUACAAUUUUUUUUUCAUACCAUUAGUUCUGAACAUGCUGAUUAACAGAGUCAAGAGGAGUCGCUGAACGUCCAAGAUGUUCUCUGUUUCAUCCAUAAAUCGAAUCUGAUGUUUUCAUUUAGACAUUGGAUUUUAGCCUGAAUCUGGUUGAUCUACAUAGUCCAAACUGAGGCACAAUAGGGACGGGAAAACCGGGCAGUGUUUAGUUUGCUUAGUAUAGUCCAGAUUUAGGAAUUAAAAUCCAGGCUUCGUUAGGUCUGAUUGGGUCCAAAUAUGGUCCAAAAAUAGUUGUUGGACUGUGAUAAGAAGUCCUAUUUGAUCCAAAUGUAACCCAAAUAUAGUUCUCUAUAUUUACGCUUAAGCAGUAAAAAGAGGUGGAGUCGUAUUCUAUACAUAUUCGCUCUCUUCUGUAUCCUGAAUCAGUUUAAGAAGAAUCAAUUGUACAAAAAUAUUAAAUUUAAAUUGUUCCAGUGUCUCUGGGUCCUUGCUGCAACGAGGAGUUGUAUAAUGCAGAGCUUGUGGGUUAUUUUAUUUCACAGCUCCUCCUGAAAUGAAACACUUUGGCCUGUCAUGAGUCAGGACUCAGAAACAGCACAGACGCUUACAUAAACCAGGUCCCAGCAGAGACACAUUGGUUACACUUAAACUGGACCCUCCCUCCUGUCCACAGAACAUCUUUCCUCUGCUGCUUUGACACAAUAUAGGUCACAAAUGCUAUUUUUCUUCUGUACUGUCACAUCUUGACAACUUUUGCACUACAACGUCUGUGAAGUAUGCGAGGGAUUCAAAACGUCCCACAUCAGACUGGAAAGAGUCUGCCAGAAGAACCAUAAACUCAUGCCUUACUUCAUGACACCACCCGUCUUUUCGUCUCUCCUCAGAUUUAACAAACAAACAUUAACAAACUAUAAUCACGUCCUGACAGCGGGACUCCAGCUGUUGAUCACACCUCUUUUGUUUGUUUGCAAAAGGAUCCAAAUGUCAUUUUAGGACGAGGUUCUGCUCCUAAUAAGAACCCUGUUGUCAGAUUCCUCUCCUCCACCCACACCGUUGAAAACAAACUUGUUGAAAGGUGAUGGGCAUACUUAAAUUUGUUGAGUGAAUGACUCACAGCGUUGUUAAGGUGUGACAGGUUUACGAAAGGCAGGCUGUUCGUUCUUGAUAAAAAGACAGAUUAACAUCCUUUUAUUAUACUAAAUCUUGUAGAGCAAGAAAACUGUCACCAGUGCUCAUACAUCAACCAGCAACCUUAAAGCCUGAAGGCUAAUUAGAUUAGUUACUUAGCAUUAGUACAGUUCAAGAAGAAAGUCUGAGUUCCAGUUGUACUCGGAAGUCGAAAUUUCUGAGCUCCAAAUCAGAAAUUCAUCUGGAACGCACCCCGAAGUCGGAUUUCCAACUCGAAAAGUCGGACGAUCCUCACCUACCGCAACUUGUCGAGUAGCAGUGAAAGUUCUCGUAAUGUAUUAUUUAUCAGCACUUCUAUUUUGUUUUUGUUAAAUUAAGUAAGUGGUGCUAUGGUGUUUGUAAGAGUAAGAUUCUGCAUCAUAUGUUGUUUACAACUGGUUACAACUGGUGACAACUGGCUAACAACAGCUGACAGUCGCACACAACAACUGAAACGGCUAACGACAGCUGACAAUUGUAAACAACAGCUAACAACGGCUAACAGUAGGCGUCCAUCUUGGUUUUCCGACUUGUUAACUGGAAUGCAAUCAACUCGGGUGUAACCUCAUUCUUAGCUCUGACUUCCGAGGUAACUGGAACUGAGCAUAAGUAUGCUAGCUUCAUUAACCACAAUGGCUCACAACAGCUAACAACAGCUUACUAACAGCUGAAAGUAGGCGUCCAUCUUGGUUUUCUGACUUGUUUACUGGAACACAAGCAACUCAGGUCUUAGAUCUGACUUCUGGGGUAACUGGAACUGAGCAUAAGUAUGCUAGCUUCAUUAACCACAAUGGCUCACAACAGCUAACGACUGUUAACUAACGGCUAAAAGUAGGCAUCCAUCUUGGUUUUCCGACUUGUUUACUGGAACACAAUCAACUCAGGUGUAACGUUAUUCCCAGACUUCUGAGUUAACUGGAACUGAGCAUAAGUAUGCUAGCUUCAUUACCCACAACGGCUCAGAAAAGCUAACGACAGCUGACAAUUGUAAACAACAGCUAACAACGGCUAACAGUAGGCGUCCAUCUUGGUUUUUCAACUUGUUAACUGGAACGCAAUCAACUCAGGUGUAACAUCUUUACCUUCUGAGGUAACUGGAACUGAGCAUAAGUAUGCUAACUUCAUUACCCAAAACAUCUCACAAGCGUUCACUCCAAAAGGAACAAUCCCUUUUUUUCUUGUUUUGCAUUCUGUUGUUGCAUUUCCUCAUAGUUUCAGACAAUUGUAGCUAUCUGAGAGUUAAUCUGUGAUUCAAGUAAACACCUUAAAGCCCUCAGGUGAACAUAGACUCUUCACCAAACCUCUAAAGUGUCAGAUGAAGAAAAAUCCGACAGCGUGUCAGGCUGCAGCUCUCCCCUCGAAGCGAGGAUGCCUGGAAUGUAUACCCUGCUGUCAGGAGGGAAAAGGGUGUGGGUAUAAUUACACCAAAAAUGACUGUAUCUCACUAUAAUAAUACAGCAAUUACAGCUGACAGCUCAACCGACACACUGAGAGAGCAGGGGGGAAUUUCCAUUGUCCUCUAACAGCAAGUUUGCCUCACUGAGUCAUUUAUUCAUUAUUUUUUAAUCCUUAUGUCACAUUUUGACCAUCUGGAUGAGACUAACUCCUUUAGUGGUAAUGGUGAAAUUACAGAGGACUACUCUGGUCCACCCAGAAAGUCCAGUUUUGAGGAAAUCAAGGCGACAAUCAUCUUGGGAGGAGUUUAAUGACACUUUUUUUUGUUAAAUGAGCGAUUAAAGAAGCUGCGAGGCACAUUUUCAAGAAUGCUUAUUAGCUAUUUAAAGGCAGAGAGCAACUAAAGUUCACCAUAUGUUCGAUGUUGUCACUUCUGUUUCAUCUGAAAACAGCAAGCAGCAAAUUCAAUAUUUCACAGAUCGGGCCUCAAAUUACAGAAUCUUACUGUGGUCUGGUCAGUCUUGGAUGCACGUCAGACUUGUUUGACAGUCCAGACGAUUGUUGGGUCAAAACAAACAAUGUGACCACAUAAUUCAAUGACAUGUUUUCCCUUCUGUGAUUUGUUGUUCAGCCCAGUUUUCGCUGCAUAUUUUCCCCACUCGCUGCCUCUCCGACCUCCAUGCUGUGCCAAGUAGGUUUCUGCAUCAGCCUCGGUCCAUCCUUAUUCCAGCACUCUGACCCAGACAGAGAGGAACUCUGCAGGACAUUGGUUCACCCUGUUUAUGGCAAUAAACUGCAGCCAAAUGGCCCAAAACUGCAGAUUUAAUUGCUUUUUUGUGUCUCAGAAGCCUUGUUAAAUUUGUUCUUAUGGCAGUGAACAUCGUCCUGAGUCCUCUGUGCGCCACCAGAAAAACCAUUACCCAGUAUAGCGACUCAUAUUUACAGUGUGAAGUGGAAGCUGUUGCUGUCUUUCUCAUUUUAAGAUUAAUUUUGGGUGUUUUGAGGCUUUAUCUGGAGACGACAGGUCAGUGGACGGAGCAGGAAAUACGGAGAAAGAGCCAAAGUGAUGUGGGGCAAAGGGGCCUUGGCUGGGGCUGACAGCCUCAGGCAUAACCUGGGCUCGCACGUGGACGACUUUUGACUUAUUCAAAAUGAAAUAGAGACACAGAAGGAUUAGUACUGGAGUAGUAAACAGGCUAAAUAACCAAAAAAGAGCUGCAGGGAGAAGGACAGAGGCACAGAGCGGUGGAAAGCCAGUUAUUAGAGCCUGUUGGUCUUGUUUUGAUGGGGCCCUGCACUCUUCUGACAGACUGCCUUGGCCUCUAUCAGUCAGCAUCUCUCCCUCUCUCUCUCUCUCUCUCUCUGGCUUUCCCAGAAAACCACUGAGCUGAAACGGACACCCGCCUAAUUGGGUUUUUACAAUCACGUACAGAGAGUGCAGCAUGCGUGAACAAGCAUCAAACUGCAGCCUGAAGAGGGUUUUGGCGGCAUCGGGUAGAUUUCCACCUCAUCUAUCGAGCUGAUUUUAUACCUUUCAGGACUUUUUGUGCUGCCAAUAUAACCACUAAGCCAAGGAACUUUUCCCACACUUAAACAAUCAUAUUAGCGGUCACAGAAAACCCUUGAAGUAAAUCAAGUUUUAUGGAGAUUCAUGUAUUUAUGGUCCUUCUGUUUUAGAUCUAGAGGCUGAGAAAUGUUGCUAACGUGCGUUUAAACAAGUACAGACUGACUGCCUGCAUGUGUUCAGAUUAUAAAGCCGUAGGGGGAUCAUCAUCGUGCCGCAACAGACUGAAAUGACAGGCCGUUAAAUGACUGAGCAAGCUGAUGUAAAUGUAAAGAGAGACUAGAGCAUCGAGAGCAGCUUAUUUCUGCACCUUUGCAGUUUGUGCCUCUCCUCUUAUUCCCUGAAAUGUGACUGGACCACACUCAUGUUGAACCCCAGUAACUACUAAGAUCUUCGAGAGCCCCCCUUUAAUGACAGGUUUUCCCCUUUGACUGCCAGACAGCAGCACAUUAGCAUGAUACAUAGUCCUUUGGGUGUUGGCCCAGCCUGGCUGAGUGACCCAUAUAAAGGAUGAUUACAUGUACAAAAUUUUGGCGUGUCAGCAUCUGAACUUAGCUACCUUUGUAGAGAACACCAUGAGACAUAACCUUUUAAUCAGCCGAUCACAUUAUCACCGAGAUACACACAUUGGACUUGUUUGCAGUUUUCCAGGUCUUUAUCACAGCUACCACACCCUUAAAGUUCUCAGAUUGGGAGAAUUUAGCCGCUAAGAGUCACUCAUUGGUUUGUUGACUAGCACUCUGACACAUUAAAGCUCCUGUGAGGAGUUUUUUGACUGUUAUAAAACAACAUAAAAUUCAUGUUGAUUACUUUUUUAAGGAUACUUUGGACUUUAAUAAGUCAUCAGGAUUGGCGUUUUUUGGUCGGAAGGCUAAGAUAAGCAGAGAAUUUGUUGUGCCAAAAAGAAGAUUUCUCUCACAGGAGCUUUAAGUUCAGCCUUAUUGGCGCCAAGUGGCUACAUUUGACUAGAUGUCAUUGAUGAACGUGACGUGAAUGGAAUCACUCUGAGACCUGAUUCGUUCCUUUCUCAGUUCAGUUGUGCUGGCGUGUCAGUCGGGAGUGGAACUGCCGCCUUUUGGGACGACUCUUUGGCGAAUGACACACAGCGAGCGAGCAGGCGGGCGGAGUCUUGUGAUUUGCUUACAGCGAAUGAACAAUAUGUAUCAGUCAGACUGUGAACGAAAUGAACGACUUCCAAAUGACUUGAGGCAGGCAGGGGGGGAGGGGUGAAGUGUUGUUCACGAACUGCCAAGCACCGGUUCGUUAAGUGAUAGGCUAUUUGAUAUCUUUAAAAGUAGCAGAAUCCCCGCUACAGCUGCAAUCUUUAUUUAUUUUUAAUCUCUCCACUUUUCCGCGAUAUAAAAGAACUACGACUCACGCUCGUUCAGCAGACGUGCUGCUUGCUGCUAUGUUGUUUCUGCCGACGGCGACACACACAGAGAGGUGAGUUUUUCAGGACAGAGGAGUGAUUCUUCCUUCAGUACGUGGCGAAUGAACAACAUGUGUCACCGAGUGGAUGAUGUUGUGACUUCAGCAGCAGAGGAGGGGAGGGGCUCAUUCAAUGAAUGAACUCGCGGCUGUGUCACUCUCUUGUAUACUGCACCGGCAGGACGGAGCUCUGAAGCACUGACUGAUUUAGUGAACGAAUCUUUUGAACGAAUCGUUUUAAUGAACAGAUUCUAAAGAUUCAGUACAGUCAAAAGAACUGUUCUUCCCAUCACUAGUCUAAGGCCCCGUCAACCUGGAAACAAAUUCAGGAGUAUAGGUUUUUGUUGUAUUGGCACUUCAUCCACAUGUGACUGUAAAUUAUAUUUUUUGAAAACGGGUCCCAGAGUACAUAAAUACGUACACGACCCUCGUUUCGUCUUAGUGUGGAUGGCUUUCUGCAUACUGGCUUGGCAUUUGCAUUACAUUGUUCUCAGUGGUUUUGUGUUUAUGUGGCAAUUUCCUGAAAUGAUUCAGUCUUUACUUUCUCAAAAUGAAAUGUCAACAUGUUGUUUUUGUCUCUGUGUGAACAAGGCAUUUGUGAUAACAUUUAGAGUCUUUUUUAGAGACAUUUUCAAAGCUCUACCCAAAACCAGACCUCCAUGAACAACUAAUAACAAGCCUCUCACCUGUGUGUGACCUUUUACAGCAUUUUAUUGGCAUUUUAUUACCCGGCAAUUACGAACCAUAAUUGCUUGUUGUAAUCCAGCCUAAUGAUAACACCACAGGGUAUAAUACAGUCUGACUAUUUGAUUAAAAAAAUGUGUUUGCUUGUUUAAGUGGUUUCAUAUUUGUCAAGAGUGUGCCUGAGGAACAUGUCUUUGUGUUUGCCACUCCUUUAAAAUCAUGUAUCACAGACUUUGAGCUUCUCAAAUGACAGAAGUUUGAGACCUGUUCUGUGUUAUCAGUUCUUUAGCUACGUGAUAUGAUAUCAGCUGUUAUUUGCCCCCGUUAUCCUGCCAGUUAAACAAAACAUAGUUAGUCAAUUCAACUCUGGUGUUGUUAUACUUAACAAACGUUAGAAGACAUGGAUAGAAUCAACAGAAAUGAAAUAUGUGACGGCCCUGCCUAACUGGGGUCUGGUGGACUAAUCCUGGUGGAGCCAUUUCAUGUUUUCCCUGCAGGGCUACCUGGGAGAGAGUGGGUGUGGCAGAUAAUUGAAGCACCUGUGCCUAAUGCUGCUGCAGAGCAUAAAAGGCCCUUCUCCAGUGCGGCUCGCUCUCUUGCUCUGACCCUGCCACAGGACUGCUGUCUCAGGCUUUUUGCUUUGAUUUGACUUUGGUUUAUUUUCACCCCACAACACCCUACACUUCAUUACUCACACAUCCACACUUACAUGACUGAUAUCACUGACUAACACACCCCAUAUUUACAAAUAAUUGUUUAAGUAUCUAAUUUGUUAAAAUAAAUCUUUACUUCUCGCCCUACACUGCGUCCGUUUCCAUAUAUGUCAUGGCUUGAGAGCCGGGUGAUGACAUAUUGGGGGCUCGUCCAGCCGUGUUUUUCCCGUUUUGUUCGCAUUUGUUGGGUAAGACUUGUGUGUUUGCAGUUUUGGUAUUUUGGGGUAUUUGGUGCCUAGUUGUGUGUCACUUUGGCUUGUUUGCAGCUUGGGGUUACUUAAGAUAAUACACUACAUAUUCAUUGCGACCUGUGUGGCGCGGAUUGUAGGGGUUUUUGUGCUGUGGACUUAUUCAUUAAGUUUGGCUCUGAGUUUUUGUUCCAUGUGGGUCAGAGCGUGCGUGUACUAAGGGCUUUUGGUCCUUUUGUUUAUCGGAGUAGGUGACUUAUUGUCUGCUUGCAUGUCUGUGGAUUUGAGGGAAGGAUAAGGUGUUAGUUGUGUGAAACGUUUGUUGCUGUUUUUUCUGAUUUUGCUGAGACUAGUUUGUUUGCUCAUUGUUCAUGCUGAUAGCAGCAGGGCCUAGUGAUACUGUGUUGCCCUGUGCAUAGCUGUGUGUGUCUGUGUGUGCGUGUGAACUGGUGAGGAGUUUUCCCUUGUAGGUUGUAGCGACGUUCUCUUUUGAGUUCGUUGAGCUGGGUGUGGGAUAGUGUUGUGGCGAACGUGGCUGAAGCUUGGCUUGGGAGCAUGUCCGUGGUUUUGAGAGAGUUGCUAGCCUGCUAGUCGCUCUCCUGAUCCAGCAGUCUUUAGUGCAUAAGUACCCACCAUAAGAGGCCACAUGAAGACUAGGGGGGAGCUUAGUUAGAUGGAUCGGUGGUUAGAUAGCGGGGAAACUCCAAACCAGGUUGAGAUUAAAAUUUAGUGCACACGGGUAAACACUGUAUCUAUUGGGUCUGGUUGUGUGUAAAAUUGUAUUUGCUCAGCUAUUCAGCUUCGUAAACUUAAAAUGGCGGAAAUUGAUGACUUCAUCACUGCUCCAUCUCAGGAGUUAUUACAUUCGUUUACAAAGGAGCAGUUGCUCAUAAUUGCUGAGCAUUUUUCAGUUGUGAUUGUCGGGGACAAACGCUUUAAAGAAAAUAUUAAAGCAGCUAUAAAAUCAAAAUUGGUUGAGGAGGGACUGAUGCCUGGAGACAAGGAGGAGUCUCUGAGUCCUACUGCUUUACAGUUUCUGGCACCGGGGUUAACUUUCGAGCAGCAAAAGGAGAUUUUGAUUUUACAAAUGGAACAUGAAAAAAUUAAACAGGAACAUGAGAAAAUGACACAGGAAUUGGAAAUGAAAAAACAACUUGAAUUAGCGAGAAUCCAUCAGGAGUCUGAGAGGGCAAAAGUAGAUCUGGAGAGGCAGCGCUUGACUUUGGUCAGAGAUGGCAGGUUGUCUGGUGAGGAUCAGGACAGACAGGGGGCUAGCUCUUCUGCUCAUCGUUUUGAUGUGAAUAACUUGCGCUUGCUACCUCAGUUUAACGAGAGAGAUCCAGACACUUUUUUUUUGAUGUUUGAACGUGUGGCUACGGCUAGAAACUGGCCUGAUGUAGACCGUGCCCUUAUGCUGCAGUGUGUCCUCUCAGGAAAAGCUCAAGAGGCUUAUUCAUCUUUGAGUCUUGAGGAUAGCUCUAGCUAUUCUAAAAUAAAAUCUGCGGUGCUGAAGGCAUAUGAGCUCGUGCCCGAGGCAUAUCGCCAGCGUUUUAGGUCCUGGGAGAAGAAAAAUGGCCAAACAUACGUGGAGUUUGUCAGGGAUCUGUCAACUCACUUUAAACGGUGGUUAUCUGCGCUUGAUGUCUCUACAUUUGACAAUUUGUGUGAUUUGAUGAUUCUAGAGCAGCUUAAGAAUUGUCUUCCAGAACGUAUUGCAAAAUAUAUCACCGAGCAGAAAGUCACUACUGCAGCUGCUGCGGCAGUCUCAGCAGAUGAGUAUGCGUUGCUUCACAGGAACAAUUUUAGAGAGCGCUCUGCGGGUCGUGAUGUUUUUGGUGGACGAGGAAAUUAUUCAGACAAUGUUUCGGCUGAAAUGCAACGCUCAAAGAAAGUCCUGUUGAAAUCUGAUUUUAAAACAUAUGGCAACGCUGACAGUGGUAACCUCUGUAAUUAUUGUCAUGAGAAAGGGCACUGGAAAGCAGAUUGCCCUGUGCUUAAAGCUAAAACCAGGGGAAUGAGAGCUAAGCCUGCUGCAUUCGCUGCCCCGGUUCAAAGCUGCAGUGUUUCGGAGGUGGGGCCCUCUCAUGCUUGUGAGUCUGGUGUCUUGGCAGCUUAUGCUCCUUUUAUUCGGGAUGGGUUUGUGUCAACUGUAGGAGGUGAUAAGGUCCCAAUAAAAAUCUUAAGAGAUACGGGGGCGUACGAUUCCUACAUUGUCGACUCUGUUUUACCUUUGUCCGGAGAGACAGAUACCGGUGGUUGUGUCCUUAGUCGUGGGAUGGGGCUGAAAAUUCUUCCUGUUCCUUUGCAUAGGAUGGUUUUGAACUGUGAGCUGGUUAAUGGUGAGGUGGCUGUCGGGGUUCGGCCAGCGUUGCCUAUUGAAGGUGUGCAUUUUAUCUUGGGCAACGGUUUGGCUGGUGGAAAAGUUUGGGCUGACACUCCUCCCUCACCUGUGGUUACCUCUUGUCCAUCUGAUUGUGUGUCUGAGGGCUCUGGUUGCACUCCAGAGGUUGCUCCAUCAUGUGUAGUUACGCGUGCUAUGAGCAAGUCCGACCCUGACGCAUCAUCUAGCGCUGAUAGUGAUUUAGGGUUGGAGGUUCCAUCACUGUCAGAGCUCCCUGUGUCGCUAUCACAUAGCGAGGUGGCAGAGGAGCAAAGUAAGGAUUCCACUCUGAAGGAACUGUUUGAGCGUGUUUUGCCAGCCUCAGAGAUAGUAAGUGCUGCAAAUGGUUACUUCUUGCAUAAUGGCUUGCUGUUUAGGAAGUGGGUUCCAGUGAGUGAAAAUGGUGUGGAUGUUGGUGUUUUCCAGAUGGUGGUGCCAGUUAAAUUCCGCCCUCUGGUCUUGAAGGUGGCACAUGAUGAGUGCGGACACUUUGGUGUGCGCAAGACAUACCUCAACUUCCUGAAACACUUCUUUUGGCCGUGUGUCAAGCGCGAUGUGUCCACAUACAUUAAGACCUGUCAUGUGUGUCAGCUCACCGGUAAACCCAAUCAGAAGAUCAAGCCUGCACCAUUACAGCCUAUUUCGGUCGUGAAUGAACCAUUUACACACCUCAUUGUGGAUUGUGUGGGUCCGUUGCCACCUUCCAAGUCUGGCUGUAAAUAUCUGCUUACCGUGAUGUGUCAGAACACUCGAUAUCCGGCAGCAUUUCCUCUGAGAUCAAUUACAACGAAGGCAGCAGUUAAGGCACUGACUCAGUUCAUUUCGAUAUUUGGCAUUCCUCAGGUGGUCCAAAGUGACCAAGGGUCAAAUUUUUCUUCUAAAAUGUUUCGGCAAGUGUUGAAGAUUCUUCGUAUUGCGCAGAACCAAUCAUCGGCUUAUCAUGCACAGAGCCAGGGUGCUUUAGAGCGGUUCCAUCAGACUCUUAAGUCUCUGCUGCGGUCAUAUUGUACAGAGUUGGAUAGAGACUGGGAGGACGGGUUGCCAUGGCUUCUGUUGGCUGCUAGGGAGGCAGUACAGGAGAGCACAGGCUUCAGCCCAAAUGAAUUGGUCUUUGGACAUACUGUGCGGGGUCCUCUGGCCGUGCUGAAGGGGGACUGUGUGAGUAUGGAUCCACCUACUAACCUGGUGGAAUAUGUCAAUGGGUUUAGACAUCGUUUGUUCAUGGCUGGUUGCAUGGCGAGAGAAAAGCUGGGUCUCUCCCAGAAGAGAAUGAAAGAAUUGUAUGACCGUCAUUCAGAGCACCAUGAGUUCAAUCCAGGAGACCAGGUCCUAGCACUUAUGCCUAUAGUUGGGUCACCCUUUCAGGCUAAAUUUGCAGGUCCAUAUACUGUCAUAGAGAAAGUCUCGGAUUUGAACUAUGUUGUUGCAACGCCAGGACGCAGGAAGACCAAGCGUCUCUGCCAUGUAAAUCUUUUAAAACCAUAUUAUGACCGGGAGGUUGACGCUGACUUGGGUUGCCACCAGAAGGAGGAUGUACAUCCAGCUCUUGCGGUUGCUUCAGAGGGUUUGGCGCAUGAUGGAGAUGGGGUACCAGAACCUGACGAAAGCUUGUUGUAUGGGAGGCUAAACAAUUCACAAUCACUUGGUAACUUGGACAAGUUGCUGGCUCAUCUGUCAGAGUCCAAGCGUGAUGAGCUGUCGAAGUUGGUGCGUAAAUACUCUUGCUUGUUUGGUGACAUCCCUUCGCAAACUAACUGGAUCGAACACGAUAUUGAUGUCGGAGAUGCUCGACCAAUUAAACAACAUUUUUACCGUAUGGCCCCAAGUAAGCGUGAUUAUUUGGAGGCAGAGGUCACAUACAUGCUCCAAAAUAAUAUUGCUGUUCCAUCAUCAUCCAGUUGGGCUUCUCCGUGCAUCCUGGUGCCAAAACAGGAUGGAACACCUCGGUUUUGUACUGAUUUACGGAAAGUGAAUGCUGUCACAAAAUCUGACUCGUUUCCAUUACCACGUAUGGAUGACUGUAUUGAUCAGGUGGGGUCCGCGAAGUUUGUAAGCAAGUUUGAUUUGCUUAAAGGAUAUUGGCAAGUGCCGUUGUCUAAGCGUGCGCAGGAGAUUGCUGCAUUCAUCACUCCAUCUGGCCUUUAUUCCUACAAGGUGAUGCCUUUUGGGUUAAAGAACGCCCCUGCUACGUUUCAGCGUUUGAUGAAUCGCGUUGUGGCAGGUUUGCAAGGUUGUGCAGUUUAUCUGGAUGACCUGGUCAUCUUUAGUGAUACCUGGCACUCGCAUCUUCAGCGCAUUCGGGCGCUGUUCGAACGCUUGGCUGAAGCCCAGCUCACUGUGAACUUGGCUAAAUGUGAUUUUGCGAUGGCUACAGUGACUUAUCUCGGCCGGGUCGUGGGGCAGGGUCAUGUAGCUCCAGUCCAGGCCAAGGUUAUGGCCAUAGCCAGAUAUCCACGACCUACUACAAAGAAGGAACUUCAGAGGUUCUUGGGGCUAGUGGGCUACUAUAGAAGUUUCUGUAAGAACUUCUCUACCGUUGUUUUUCCUCUCACAGAACUUCUUAAAGCAAAGGUGAAAUUUGUGUGGUCUUCAGAAUGUCAGUUAGCUUUUGAUAGUGUGAAGUCGGUCCUGUGCUCUGCUCCUGUUCUGGCAGCUCCUUGUUUCGAUCGAGCCUUCACACUGCAAGUAGAUGCCAGCCAUGUGGGAGCAGGUGCGGUCUUGCUCCAGAGUGACGAUCAAGGGGUGGUGAGGCCAGUCAGCUUCUUUUCAAAGAAGUUUAAUAAUUACCAGCGUAAUUAUUCUGUUAUUGAGAAGGAGGCUCUGUCACUUAUAUGGGCCCUACAGCAUUUUAGUGUGUAUGUUGGGGGAGGAGGACCGACGGUGGUCUACACGGAUCACAAUCCCCUGACCUUUUUGCAUUCCCUAAGGUGUCCGAACCAGAGGCUGAUGAGGUGGGCACUGUUUUUGCAGGCCUUCGACCUCGACAUCAGACAUAUUAAGGGUGCACACAAUAUUAUUGCAGACGCUUUGUCACGUGCUCCUCAGUGGUAGAUGGCGAACUGAGAUUAAUAUACUGCCUUUUCCUGUUUUAUUCAACUGCUGCUGCUCUGCCAAUCUUCUUAAUCUGCUUCUCAGGCGCCGAGUUGCCAAGGUUGGGUGGACCAAGCUGCGGUUGGAGUAUCCAGGAGGAGGGUGUAUUAUUAUUUUUUGUUUGUUUGCUUGUUUUUUUUUAAGUAAUUCUGACUUGUGUUUUGUAGGUGGGUCGGCGUUAUGUCGGUGACCUCCUUGGGACGCCGACUUGAGGGGGGGGGGUGUGACGGCCCUGCCUAACUGGGGUCUGGUGGACUAAUCCUGGUGGAGCCAUUUCAUGUUUUCCCUGCAGGGCUACCUGGGAGAGAGUGGGUGUGGCAGAUAAUUGAAGCACCUGUGCCUAAUGCUGCUGCAGAGCAUAAAAGGCCCUUCUCCAGUGCGGCUCGCUCUCUUGCUCUGACCCUGCCACAGGACUGCUGUCUCAGGCUUUUUGCUUUGAUUUGACUUUGGUUUAUUUUCACCCCACAACACCCUACACUUCAUUACUCACACAUCCACACUUACAUGACUGAUAUCACUGACUAACACACCCCAUAUUUACAAAUAAUUGUUUAAGUAUCUAAUUUGUUAAAAUAAAUCUUUACUUCUCGCCCUACACUGCGUCCGUUUCCAUAUAUGUCAUGGCUUGAGAGCCGGGUUAUGACA